CGUCGGUUGUGCUGAGUAACGGCGCGGCGGCGGCUGCCGGCUCGGCGGCCCCUGCUUCUUCCCGAGGAGCGCUCGGAAGGGGACUUGCGGCCGGCAGAGGCCUCUGGCGGAACGGCUUAGGGGAGCAGCGCAGACUUCACCCCACAGAGCGGCUGCAUUUGACCCGGCGGCGGCUGCCGCGGCGGCAGAAGGGACAGCAGGGCGGAGCCGGCCGCAGCCGCGCGGUGACCAACUGCCGCCGAGCACCAAUCGCGGCACAGCCCGCAACGCGGCUCUGACCGCCGGGGCUCCGCAUAAGAGCGGGAGGGCGGGACGCCGUGAGCGGACGGCGAAUCGCCGCUGGCAAACGAGUGUAACUGACGGUGGUUUCCGCCAAUGGGAGGUGGCAGGUCUGGGGAGGAGCGGUUCCGGGGCACUCGCCACCGGCAGCGGCGGUUGCCGGGGAAUGAGCUCGGAGAAGGGGAACGUGGCGCGCAGGCGGCCCCAGCGCCACCAGAACGUGCGCGCCUUCAAGAACGACAAGUACGACACCAGCGCGCGGCUGAAGAAAAUAAAUGCUAAACUUCAUGAUGGAGUGUGUCAGCAUUGUAAAGAUAUCUUGGAGUGGCGGGUAAAAUUCAGCAAGUAUAAACUACUAUCAAAACCAAAAAAAUGUGUGAAGUGCCUCCAGAAAGCUGUGAAAGAUCCUUACCAUAUUAUUUGUCGACCAUGUGCUAGUAAACUAGGAGUUUGUGCCAAAUGUGGAAAGGAAAAAGAAAUUGUAAUUCCGAUUGAUAAAGAACAAGAUGGAACAGAGAAUAAGACUACUGAAAAUGGCCAGGAGAGUGGACUGGAGGAUGAACUGGAUUUUGACACAAACUUCAGUAGUACAGACAAUGAAGAAGAUUCUGAUAGGCUUGAAGACAGAUUUAAAAGCAUGAAUUUUGAAAGGACAGAGAUCCAAAAAGUUGAGUUUCUAGAAGAGACUGUACACAAUCAAGUGUGAUAGACUGAUGCUUUCCCAUGACCUCUGCUCUAAAAGCCUGUUUUGACAUUUAAAGUCUGAAUGUAUUGGCACAGGGUGUUUUGGUGCUUCAGAGUUUGAAUCUUUAAGUGCAGUUAUUUCUUGUAUAGAUGUUCCCCUCUCUGUUAUUGUUAUGAAUUCAGUAUUGCACAACUGUUGUAUUGCCAUUUGAAAAACUACAUGGACAUCUGUAGGACAAAUAAAAAGUACUGUCAUUUAAAGAAAAAAAAUAAAUAAAAAAAUAGAAAUGUCAAACCAAUUUUAAUAGAUUUUGAGGGAAGAACUUGAAUCUGUUGUCAAUGAGCUUCCAGAGUUCAUUACUGGAAUAUCAAGUGAUCACUGGUCUUACACCAGCUGUCUCUUUUCCAUGGAAAGAGUGCCUAAGUACCAUCAAUAUCCAUUUCAUGUUUGUGACCUUGUUUUUAGCAAUAUUUUGAAAUGAAAGAAAAGAAAAAAAUAGGAUAAGGCUUUAUAAUUUUUCAUACAGGUUCCACAUUUUCUUUCAAAGGUAGGCAUAAUGUGGUUUCCUCUGAUACAAAAACACUUAGGUGUCAUGUCGGAAUAGUGGUAUAGAAUUAUGUUUAAUCAGUUACAAUUUCAAAUGUGUAUAAUUACAUAGCAGGAUAUGUAGUUAUAGUCUUCCUGAUUUUCAGUUCCUUGUAGGGGUUAUUUCAGUGUAACAUUGAAACAUCCUUUAAAAAUUAUCUCUAAGGAACUGGUUUAAUUCGUAUUUCUUUUCGGUGCUGCCCCUCUGCUUUUGAAGAAAGAUAUUUUUCUAUGUCCCUUUUCAGCAUAUAUAGAUUUUUGCAAAGUGUUUUAUGACAGCCCUGAGCACCAAACCAUUGCAAAUCAUGGUCUUCCCUGUUCUUGUUAACAUGUCAUUACACUUUGUCUUAGUGAAGAGCCAUAAGUAAAGUUUAAUACCUAUUUGAGUAGUAUUUUAUGCCUACUUGCAAUCAUAAAGCACUGGAGUUUAUGACCAAAACAGCCCAUCUUUGUUCUCCACUCUCUGUAAAUAUGUUGUUUAUAAGAUAAAGAACUAGCUUUAUCAAUCUCAGAUUCUUUCACACAAUUUCAAUAAAUAAAAACCAAAUUCAUCAUUUUAAAAUGUAUAGAAUGGCGGUGGCUUGGAAGAGUGUUAAGCUGCAUGGCAGGAGAAGUAGUGUGGUGUUUAGAAGAGACUAGAAGAUGGUCAGAAGGUCACACUGCAUUGACUGAUAUGUCCUCCCACCAGGUCAGCGGUGACGUCUGUCUUUGUGUGACAUUGCCUGUUGUUCUGCCAGUCGACACUGGUAAAGACCGAGUAAACACGGAGUAUCCCCAGCAGACACUGGAAAUAAUGCAUGGUGAUUCUGGGGUGUAGUUAAUAAGUAAUUUGGCACCAGCUGCAGAGAGGUGCUUUAUGGAGGGGAAACAUGAAUUUUCAUGAGAAUGAUAUACGUACAGGAAACAUUCUUUCACUUGGAAAAAUUUGAUAAUGACUUAGCCUUCUGUGCAAAGGUGAAAGGAAAUCCUGAAAUGAUAGGAAAACUUACUUGUGCUAUUGGCAAUAAGAAAAGGGGAAGGGCUGCCUUGUGAAAGUCAGCAUUAUAUUCCAGCAGUAUGGGGGAAGAGAAGUUGAGCAACAAGAGCAACAAAAACAAAAGAAGUUAGAAAAUAGUCUGAAGUUAACAUACUUACAUGUAACUAGUUGUCUAUUCUGAGUUUACUUGUAUGUGUGUGAAGUGCUUGUUGAAAUGAGGAUUUUCUAGAGAUUGAACCCCUUUAAAUACUGAUCUUUGAAAUAUUUUGAUGAAAAAAAUCAAACAAAAGAUCAAUUUUUAGGAAGAAAUUCUUUCCUGAGAGAGAGAUGGUGGGGCACUGAUGCAGGAUGCCUACAAAAGUUGUAGUUGCUCUGCCCCUUGUGGUGUUCAGUGCUAGCUUGAAUGAGGCCAUGUGCAACCUGAUCUGUUGUGUGGGAAUCCUGUUCUUGGCAGAGGGUUGGAGUUUUAAGGUCCCUUCCAACACAAGCCAUUCUAUGAUCCCUCUAUCUGAACAGGUUUUAUGGAGACAAUCUCCAGGGUAGUUACACAAUAAGAAUCAUCUUUGGAUUUUUUUUUAAUAUCUAUAUAUAUAGAUUUAAGUGAGAUUUUGAAGGCUUCCUACUUCUUCUGCAAGGAGUAUAGUGAGUUUGUAAACUUAGCAAGAGGGGAAAUGCUAUCACUGUGACAGCAGUUUACUGAGAUACUAUUAAAGUGUUCUAUAUAGGAUGACUGACUUAGGGGUUUCAGGAAUUUUACUGAGCAUUGUGGGUAGAUGCCUGAUACAUUACUGAAGAAGGGAAUUAUAGAUGUUGAUUGUCAUCUGAAGAAUACAGAAGAUGAAGUGAUGCUGCUGAUACAGGUGGAUUCCUGUUAACUAAUUGUCCUUAUGAGUAUUAUCAAUUCUCAUUUAGUGUGACUCAUCACUGAUAGUAAUUAAUUAGAUAAUGGUCUGUUGAUGCGUGAGUAAGGUGUACAGGGUGAUUCUCACUUCACAAGGGGAAAUGCUUAUCAUAGAACUUGUCAUUGUUGACUUCAUCAGGUUUCUGGAAAACAAAAUUCCCGUAUGUGUGGAGGUGUUCAGGGAAUCUGGAUUUACUGCAGCAUGAGGAGAGUCCUUUAUGGAUGUUGCUUCUUCCUAGCAUUAUUUCCUAUCUAUCUUUUUUUAUAGUUUAUAUGUAUCUCUGUAAGAUAUUCAAGUGUUUUAAAGUAUUACAUGAUAUAAAAAGCACUGAUGAUUAUUUACUCCUAGUUUUGCACGGGGCUGGGCUGUUCUUUUCGUGUCUUGGCUACUGAUUAAUCUAUAUUCCUCUAAAGUAUAUAAUACCAGCCUCUGAAGCUUUAUAGGACUACUGGUUAAUUAAGAAGAGGGUAAGUAGUUUUCUCCCUAUAAUGGGCAUGUACUUGGAUGCUGAGAUGCAAAUCAUGGCAUUAGCAAGGAAAAUAGAGGGAAAAAAUAGCAGGUAGAAAAAAAUGAGCCACCUAGUAAUCCUCUAGCCCUACAAUUACGUGAGUUUUCUUUGUUAAGGAAUUCUCACAAAUAAAUAGACUCCAGCAGAAAAUGCAAAACUGCUUCUCCUUAAAGGAAGCAUCUCUGUGACUUAAGCUGUUAAUGAGGAAAGGUUUCUAAGCUGCAUAGAGACCUUAAUGACAAGAUAUUUAGGGAGCUGGUCAUGCGAACUAACAGCAUUUGUUUCUUUUCAUUCUUCUGCCUGUCUUUUAUCUGAAAGCUUUUAAGAGGACAAAGCUACAUAUGAAAAAUACAUGUUCUAUACACAUGCUCUCAUCACAUACAGUGCAUAUGUAAAUUAGAGUUCUUGUCCUCAGAACGGUUGAGAACAUGCUGGUAUCUGAAAUGAGGUAGAUCUAUGCGAGGAUUGAUAGUGUGUUCUCAGACAAAUCACCUGUAGGGGGCUAGAAAUGAAAUACUUGCCAAGUUUCCAAUAUUGGAUAUUUUUGUUGGAAUCUUUAAAACUGUUAAGAUGAAAUUGCAGAGAAGUUUGCUUUUUUUUUCUUUUUUUUUUUCUUUUUUUUCUUCCACCCCCCCCCCCCCCCCAUUUCUGUUCCUACCUUCACAAACUGAAGUCAUAAUACAAUACAAGCCAUAUCUAAUACAUUGGAAUUUUUACCUGAAUUUCAAUUGUGUAUCAUCUGUAUUUCUGUUCACCAUGGACAGAGUUUUAGAAAACCGAGUUAAAGAUUUUGGUGUAAUUACAUAAGUAAAAGGUCUUUGAAAGCAGUA